AUGUGAGGGAAUGAUCCCGCUGCUCACCGAGGGGAUCCGCGGUGGCUUCCUGACGUCCGCUCCGAGGAAGUCCGACAGUUAGCCCGCUUAACCGACCGCCGUCUUUUCACCCGACAACACUGAGCCGCGAUGUCUGCCGAACAGGGGGGACAAGAGGCUAUGAACGUGUACUCUAUAACCCUCAGCGGCCCGGCGCCUUGGGGCUUCAGGCUGCAGGGUGGCAAGGACUUCAGCAUGCCCCUCACCGUGUCAAGGCUGACCCCCGGCGGGAAGGCAGCUCAGGCUGGUGUCGGGGUGGGAGACUGGGUGGUGUCCAUCGAUGACGUUAAUGCAGAGGACAUGACCCAUGUGGAGGCACAAAACAAGAUCAGAGCGGCAACAGACUCUCUCACCCUCACCCUCAGCAAAGCUUUCAAAGCGGGUGGAGACCAGAAGGACUCGCUUGCUGCGGCUUCUGUUCAGCCAAAGUACUCCUUUGCCCCCAGCACAACAAUUAACAAGAUGGCGAGGCCGUUUACGGCAGGUGGUGGUAGUGCCAGCUCAGGACCUGCUAUUAAACCUGUGGCCUACUCGCCUAAACUUAACACUCCGCGCUCACAGGGCCGUGCCAGCAUGCAGCAGCCACAGCCGCAGAAUGGCCUUGAGCCAACUCCCUCACCUGCCAAGGCCCAGGCAGCAGAUAAACCAGAUGGCUCCAAGACCGCAGCUGCUGCGGCCGGCAGUUCGGGUCCUUCCAGUCGACCGCCGUGGGUCACCGACCCUAAUUUCGCUGACCGCUUUCGCCCGGACAAGACCAGCACCGUCGUGACCCAGCACCAGCAGCCGGCCCAGCCCACGCCUAUGCAGAACCGCAGCUCCAUCCUGCAGGCAGCGCAGCAGGCACCCGAGGACAGCGGCAGGACCCCGGUAUGCGGCGCCUGCAACAAAAUCAUAAGGGGUCGGUACCUGGUGGCGCUGGGACGUUCUUGGCACCCGGAGGAGUUUACGUGUUCACAGUGCAAGGCGGUCCUGGAUGAGGGGGGCUUCUUCGAGGAGAGAGGGUCUGUCUACUGUACCAAGUGCCACGAUAACCGAUACGCUCCAAACUGCGCCAAGUGCAAAAAGAAGAUCACAGGGGAAAUCAUGCAUGCCCUGAAGAUGACCUACCAUGUUCAGUGUUUCAAGUGUGCCGCCUGCAAGACUCCCAUCAGGAACCAAGCCUUUUACAUGGAGGAGGGGGAACCCUACUGCGAGAAAGACUAUGAGAAGAUGUUUGGCACCAAAUGCCAUGGCUGUGACUUUAAGAUUGAUGCCGGGGAUCGGUUUCUGGAGGCCUUGGGCUACAGCUGGCACGAUACGUGCUUCGUCUGCGCUCUCUGCCAAAUCAACCUGGAGGGGAAGACGUUCUACUCGAAGAAGGAUAAGCCCCUGUGCAAAGGCCAUGCCUUCGCUCCAGUGUGAGCGAGCGAGCCUCAUCUUCAGAGGAAGGAGCGCUCCUCUCUUUCCCUCCUCUUUACCGCACUCCGCCCUCCAGCACACUCUGCAUCUCUCCAACCACACACCUAGUUAAAACUCUGCCUUCUUCCUAUCCUGCAGACUUUGUUUCCUAUAUUUCAGGCUUAAUGUUAGCGCCAUGCACUGUUACUUUACUGUGCUGUUAGGACAGUUCAAAUGUUACUGCCUGUAAUGCCGAAUGCUGUGUUGUAUAACUGGAAGUAGUCAAGGAAUUAUUUCAUGCCAUCCCUAACUUGUUGACUUGAAAGCCAGUUUCAGAUUGGACGGUCAAAAUGCAGCUCAUCUAGAUUUAAUCAUACUUGUUAGUGAAAAACUCUCGCGGCUCUGCUAAUCUCCUCCUUGUUCAGCCUGAAGUUAGAUCAAGCCAGUAUCUUCGGAGUCGGAGGAGUCACUUAGCCUCUAAUAAUCUCACAUGUUGCGGUAAUGAUCUGCCACUGCUCCUGCACUAAGUGUAGAGAAGCGGUGGCCCCAUUCAGGACCCGGACCCACUCGCCGACUCUUCCUGCAGUGCCUAUUAAAGUAAUGGGGGUCCAGUCAAGCAGAAAAAGGGGGUGUUCCAUUUCUGCGUGACUGGACCCCUGCAUCUCUCCACCGAAGCACUAACUGCUUUACUUUUCACUACGGCAAGUCAGCGCGCACUGCGGUUAAUAACUGUAAUUUUGAGUCAUAUAAUAAUACGUAAUUGGUCCAAUUUUGAACGGCUCCCGAUGUGGGUGACAGAGAAAGUGCCGUUAUUGUUUUAAAAUGUUCCGCACUCCAAAGGUGAGCGGAUUUGUCAAAGCUUUGACAGAAUCAUUUAUGGGACAUUUUAAUGAAAGAAAAAACAACUCAAAGGGUGAUUUUGUCCCCUGUUCCAAUGAUGUGUGAUUGUUCCUUAGAGUACUUUCAAGCUGUGGUUUAAAAUGUAUUUAUAUUGCUUCAGAACGGGCCUGUAAGUGUUGUUUUUAUAGCUGCUGGACAUUUCGAAUAAAAUUAAUCAGUGAUGCCA